AUGAAUAUCUUUCGAAGCCUUAUUGGCAAGGUUUGGCAAGAUCCAAAUGCUGCAGAAGUAGUCAAGAUUUCGUCUGGUCAACUAUACCUUGUUCGACCAGGCAAUAUUCGAACCUCGCGAGAAUGCAUAUACAAUGAAUGCAUGGCCACUGUUCGCAGAUUUCCUUCCGUCGAGCACAAUUUUCAGCUUGUUAUUACCAAAGUGUACGAGGAUGGAGAUCAGGACUUGUUGGAGGACGAGGAUGAAACCGACGAAGAAAAGGUCUUUUUGAUAAGUGAAGAACUGGAAUUCCGCUCAGGCGAAACCGAAGGCGAACCCAAUUUUGUGUGGCGCGACCUGCAUGGAGAUGUAGACGAAUUUUUCGAGUUUGUUGCAACAGGGACGAACGCACCAACGCGAGCUUUUUUCGAAACUUGCAUGUACCGUGCAAUGUACGAGCGCAAGUAUAAGAAAAGUGCGGAUAAUGUUCAAGAUGCUGCUCUGGAAGAAUUUGUAUGGCACCCCCCUGCAGCGCCUAAGGCAAACCCUCGACGCAAGGUGGCCAAGAAAGCCGCGAUUUCUGUGACUCACGAACCUGAACCCAUCGACGUCGACGCAGAGGACGAAACCCCGGCCAAAUCCCCUCAAGCUGAAAACCCGUAUAUGGCGAAUAUGAAUAUUUUGUUUGAAGACGAAGCUGAACUCUAUGAAUGGGUUCCCGAUUCGAAUGAAUAUAAAAACUCAGGAAUUGUGACAGCCAGAUUCUUACAGCAGACGGAUGCAGACUUUGUGUUUUGGAUCACCGCUUCCAACCCCACUGGACUGGUUCUAUCACAUCGAAUCAGCUCAGACAUGAAUCAACGCUUUUCCAACAAAAUGUACUCUUUAACAUGGAACUAUAUUGGCAAUGAUGGAUCGCAACAUAGUUGGCUACUCCGCUUCAACAAUGAGGAGGAUUACAGAAAAGUAACGGAUAUCUACACACAGUGUCUAUGGCAAACACUUCAUCAAGUUCCUUGGAGCAAAGCAAAGCCUGACGAGCAAAGCUAUGUAAGAAGUGCAUAUGAACCCGAAGAUGUAGAGAUGAGAGACGUUGAGGACGAUGAAGAAGACGAAGAGGAGGUUGCUCUGGAUUUGGAUCCUGAAGAAGAAGCAAGCGAUGAUUCAGAAGCAGAGGAUGAAGAUGCGCCUAGAGACCCUCAUUCAGGAGAAGUCAACUCUCAACUCACAGUCGGGUACAAAGGAGACCGUUCUUAUGUCGUUCGCGGAAACAAUAUCGGAGUAUUUAACCAUUCGAAUGACCAUUCUGUUAAGUAUUACGCGACAAUUGGUAACAUCUCCACUCCACAAGGCAAAGGCUUCAAGCCUAAAAACGUUAUGCUACACGAUCAAGAUUCGAAGAUGAUCCUUCAGAAUCCAAACGAUCCCAACUCCCUGUACAGUAUGGAUAUCGAGCGCGGAAAGGUCGUUGAGGAGUGGAAAGUGCAUGACGAUAUCACUGUGGACCACAUUGCCCCCGACAACAAAUUCGCCCCUACAACCAGAGAGCAAACACUUGUCGGUGUUUCCCACAAUGCUCUAUUCCGUAUCGAUCCUCGGGUGUCUGGUAAUAAGAUGGUGGACAGCCAGUACAAACAAUAUGCUAGCAAGAACAAAUUUUCUGGGGUUACAACUACGGCGUCGGGUAAACUUGCCAUUGCUAGUGAAAAGGGUGACAUCCGGCUGUUUGACUCGAUCGGAAAGAAUGCGAAGACGGCGCUACCUCCUCUUGGUGACCCUAUCAUCGGCAUCGAUGUUACGGCCAACGGACGAUACCUUGUGGCGACAACGCAAACAUAUCUUAUGUUUAUUGAUACCCUGAUCGGUGAAGGACGGUACCAGGGACAAUUAGGUUUCGACCGAAGCUUCCCUGCUACAGCUAAGCCUAAACCGAUACGUUUGAAUUUGCUACCGCAACACGUUGCAUACAUGGGUAAUAAGAUCUCCUUCACCCCUGCCAGGUUCAACCAAGUCGAAGGCAAGGACGAAAAUGCGAUCGUUACUUCGAGUGGACCUUUCGUUAUUGCGUGGGAUUUAGCGAAAGUCAAGAAAGGGAAAUAUGACCAAUAUGAGAUCAAGAAAUAUGAAGACCAUGUCGUUCAAGAUAACUUUAAGUUUGGAGACGACAAAGAAAUUAUUGUGGCCUUGAGCAACAAUGUAUUGGCAGUUAAUAAGAAGAAUCUCAAGCGACCGACCCGACAUUCCCUUGCUCCAGUCAGAGAGGAACAUAGAGGACACUCUUCAAUUGUCAAUGCGCCAUAUUAA